CCUACUAAAGUACUAUAGUACUAUUACUACUAUAGUACUAGUACUAUAGUAGUAGUAGUAGUCUGAUUGGCUGUGCCCAGCGCUGCCUCGAGUAUCUGGAGUUGGAGGCCUUCACCACCUCGCUCAGCCAGGGCAUGAAGGUACUGAUCCUACUAAAGUACUAUAGUACUAUUACUACUAUAGUACUAGUACUAUAGUAGUAGUAGUAGUCUGAUUGGCUGUGCCCAGCGCUGCCUCGAGUAUCUGGAGCUGGAGGCCUUCACCACCUCGCUCAGCCAGGGCAUGAAGGUACUGAUCCUACUAAAGUACUAUAGUACUACUACUACUAUAGUACUACUACUAUAGUACUAGAUCUAUAGUACUAGUACUAUAGUAGUAGUAGUAGUCUGAUUGGCUGUGCCCAGCGCUGCCUCGAGUAUCUGGAGCUGGAGGCCUUCACCACCUCGCUCAGCCAGGGCAUGAAGGUACACGUGAGUGCCUCCCAGCUCUCCGUGACCCUACAGGAUGACCUAGGAGACCCAGAGGCUUUCUCAGAGGCCCUGCGCCACGUGGCCUACGUGGACACGAGAGCCUUCCCCUCGCCUGGACAGCGGAUAGUCCAACUGCGGACUAACGUGACGUGCUAUGGUGAGGGACCCUGUAUGGAGAUUCCGGACGUGGAGGUGGUGGUUGUGGUACCCAAACCCCCAGAGCCACGCAUCACACUGUGGUGACACACACAGUGACACACACACAGUGACACACA